AUGAACGGCUACUUUCAAUGGAAAAUUACGAGCACAUUCCAUCUUGGGCCGACCGCGGAAGAAAAGUUGUACGCGGUGUCAACCCCAGUGGCUUUUUUGAAUAGCAAACCCUCGAUCGUGUUACACGAUGGCCCAACUAAUAAGCACCCGAUAAUGGCAACGGCACGCGGCGACAAGUGGGGCAGACGUAGACCCAUCGCAAUCACACUCCCACCUCGUCCAGGGUCUGAACAGAAACACGAUAUCGUGGAACAGGUCGUUCCCGGCGGGUCACUGAAGCAUAUGUCACCUACCUACACAUUCGAAAUAUCCGUGGGUUCGAAGGGAACAACGCCCGAGAGAUUCGAGUGGCGCAAGAGCCAUGGGAGUGAAAUUAAAGAACUCGCCGGUCAUUCCCAUGGAUGGAAAUUGGUGCGGUUGGCACCACCGGCGAACAACGGUAUAGGUGGGAGCAGAAAGGAGCGCGAUCACGGUUAUACAAGUGAUGGAUUGGAGGUUGUGGCCAUCAUCGCACACAAUGCUUCUUGGAGCAUGACCAAAGGGUUUCGAUUUGCCUUCUUGGGCGUUGGCCUGACUGGUACAAUGGGAGAAAACUGGGAGAUUGUGGUGGUUACUUCCGCUCUCCAAAUGUGGCUCAUCGAUGUCCAAAGCGCAUCUGCUACAAGCGCUGCGACAACAUCAACCACCUUUUCUGAAAAGAACUCAGCGUACGCUCAUCUGACAAGAAUUGUCUUCAAGGAAGUUGAUCUCGACGGUAAUCUCGACGUCAUGAGAUCACCCCUCCCUUCAGAAGAGCCUGUUGCAGUCGAUACAACCGACAGUGUCACUGCCAAUUUACGAGCCCUCUAUGUACAACAGCGAGAGCUCACUGAGUGGAGAAAAGACUACGUUGAGUGGAAGAAAGAGGCCGCUGAGUGGAAGGAGGAGGCUAAUGAGUGGAAGGAGCACUAUGAGUGGAUGGAAUACGCGGAGUGGAACGAGUACACUGAUUUUAAAGUGAGAGUUGAGAGGAAGGACUACGCUCGGUGGAAGAAAGACUACACUGAGUGGAAGAAAUGGUACUCCAAGUGGAAGAAACAGUAUGCUGAGUGGAAAAGCAACCACGGCUCGCUGGACGCAGCCUGGAAGAAAGAGCUCGCGAGAAUAGAAGCAGAGGCUGGGAAAGAUGCGCUAUGGUACAUGCGAAGCUCGGAUGUCAAGAGAAUUAGCUCACAUUGA